AAAAAAUUCUUAGCCCAAAACACCAAAGCUGGAUUUGGGCUGUGAAUGAAGCAUGGAUCUUCUUUUGGGCUUCGUUGAAACCUAAAGGCUGAAACUUAAGAAACCAUUAACGGCUCCUAAAAGUCUACAGAAGCAAUGUUGAAAAGCUCAUUCUUUUUGCUUCCUCGUUUUCCUUUAGCUUCUCCACCCCACAGGUAUGUGUAUAUGUCACCGCUUUUUUGCUUGUUUCCUCGACGGUCUUUCGGAAAUGGCCUCUCUCUCUGCUUCCAUGACGUACUAUUCUCCCCAGACCUCACUUAGUGGGAUUUCACGGGGUACUUGAGGGUGGUAAUAGGUACUGAAAAAGGAAGUUCAGGGGGUUCAUACAAACACCCAUAGUUUGUAACAAUUCAUUUCGCCAAAAUGAGCACAACACCUGCACCUCUGUCACCAAAAUUUGUUCCUGCUGAAAAGAGUGGAAUUACUUCAGUAAGUAAAUCAGAUGGUUUUAAGUUCAGUUUGGUAUCAUAUAACAUUUUGGCUCAGGCAUAUGUAAAGGGUGAUCUGUUUCCACACUCCCCAGGGCCUUGUCUCAAGUGGAAAGCCCGUUCACAGGCAAUCCUGACAGUUCUCAAGAGCCUCGGGGCUGAUUUCCUUUGCUUACAGGAAUUGGAUGAAUAUGAUAGCUUCUAUAAAAGAAAUAUAGAGAGUGUUGGCUAUUCAAGUAUCUACGUCCAAAGAAGUGGGCAGAAGCGUGAUGGAUGCGGGAUCUUUUAUAAGCAGGAUAGUGCAGAGUUGGUCAUUGAAGAGAAGAUAGAGUACAAUGAUCUUGUACCCUCAAAUCAAGACGAUACUUCAUCUGAGGAUAAAGAGGAGAAUUUGCCUGCUGGUGGAAAUAAAAAGUCAGCGUCAAAAGAUGCCGGUUUGAAAAACAGGCAAGCAAAUCUUGGAGACCUAAAUGAUCCUUGUGUUAGAUUUAAACGUGACUGUGUGGGUAUUAUGGCGGCCUUUAGGCUGAAGGAUCCUUCUCAUCUUAUCAUUGUGGCCAACACUCACAUUUACUGGGAUCCAGAAUUGGCCGAUGUCAAACUUGCACAAGCUAGAUACUUGCUUUCUCGCUUAGCUCAAUUCAAGUUACUAGUAUCAGACAAAUUUGAUUGCUCGCCUUCUGUGGUUGUUACUGGUGAUUUCAACUCACUUCCUGGGAGUCAGGUAUAUCAGUACCUUAUGUCAGGUUCCUCAGAAGCGGGAACUUUGCCCGAAAUCUCAGAUGAUGUGCCCAUUCCUUUGUGCAGUGCUUAUGCAAGUACUAGAGGAGAACCACACUUCACAAACUACACUCCUGGAUUUACUGGAACUCUAGAUUACAUACUGUUUUCUCCUUCUGGGGGUAUCAAACCAGUCAGCUACCUCGAACUUCCGGAGCCCGAAGCAUCGGAUGUUCAAGGUGGUCUACCAAAUUACUAUCAUCCUAGUGAUCAUCUCCCAAUUGGUGCUGAAUUUGAAAUAAUUCAGUAGCUAUGUUGUUACCAUUAUCAUUGACUUUUUUUUUUUUAUGUCUUUAUCAUUAUUGUCUGGUGGUUAAAAGAGUUAUUUGAACCUGCAAUUAUUUUGUAACUUUUGAGCCGUUUUUGAACGGACAAUGUCAACUACUUUGACUAGUGCUUGGAGAAUGAAAUUUUGGUUUCAUUUAAAUGA